AUGAAUUAUAAAUACAUUUACGCUGUUAUGAGCGUUGCAAUCGCAGCCUCUGCCACUGCUACUGUUUUAACGGCUUCACACCAAGGAGAGCCUUCUACGAAGGCCAAUCCUUCCACUUUUAAAACUGCCGUAAAAAUGGCCGACGCAGCGUAUCACGCUGUGAUAAACCAGCCUGCGUUCAGAUACAGAUACUUUAAAACUAAUAGCGAAGAGGAUAUCGACAUGCUUCGAAACGUCUUCUCCAAAAUCGAAAACGCAUGCGAUAUUACCCAAACGAACGUUGUUUUCCGCUGCGAUCCUCCGGGAGGCGAAUGUGUAACUUCAGCUGCUCAUGUUCCCGUUUUCCCCCGCGACGACUCCAAUAACAAAAUAUAUAUAUGCCCAAAUUUCUUUGAUAAGUGGGGGUUAAAUGAUGGGGACAGAGCUCGGAUACUUGUUCACGAAAGUUCGCAUGUUCCAUAUAUUAGAGGGACGGCCGAUUACAACAAGUAUGGACUCUGGGAGUCACUGCAGCUUCCGAGAGAUGUCAGCCUUUGGCAUGCUGAUUCAUAUGCCUGGUUUGCCGUUGCAGCUCGAAAUGGGGACUUUGAUUAG